UUCUCUACCCGCGCGUUUGCUAAGUGUGAUCUGGCUCCGUUGUGCCCGGAAUUUUGUUUUUGGCGUGGUCGAUGCGCCCCCACUGGAGAACACACCCAUGGAAGACAAACCAUUGGUAGUAUCUAAACAGAAGACAGAAGUGGUAUGUGGUGUGCCCACCCAGGUGAUCUGCACGGCCUUCAGCAGCCACAUCCUGGUUGUGGUGACCCAGUUUGGGAAGAUGGGUACGCUAGUCUCCUUGGAGCCCAGCAACGUGGCCAAUGACAUCACCAAGCCAAUGCUAACCACAAAAGUCCUCCUCGGGAAGGACGAGCCGCUCAUCCAUGUCUUUGCAAAGAACCUGGUAGCGUUUGUGUCUCAAGAAGCAGGAAACAGAGCCGUCCUCCUGGCCAUGGCUGUGAAGGACAAGAGCAUGGAGGGGCUGAAGGCCUUGAAGGAGGUGAUCCGGAUGUGCCAGGUGUGGUGACCUGAAGUCACAGUACAUGACAGUCGGAUCCGGUGGACACUCGUCAGGGUCUGUGCGACCCAUGUUUCCAGCACCAGGACAGCAGGUGGAGGCUCAUUCUCUGGCUUUAGCCCUCGAAGCUGGGAACAACAUUCAGAUCUUGGGACUCGCCCUGUGUGGCUACUGUGUUCUGCCUGGUGCACCGGAACUGUUCUGGGCUGCAGCAGAGGUACCUGCUGAGUGGAAAUCACCCAGUUUGGGGACUGGCAGCCCUCGGUGUGCAGCGGCACCUGUGGGGAGACUUUUUUUUUUUUUUAUCAAAAAUAAAUCUAAAAUA